CGCCAGGCCCCCGGGCCGGCCCCCUCGGCACCCCACAGCCCGGCGGGCGCCAGGCUCCUCGGCACCUUCCCCCGCCGCCGCCCGCCGGGGAGCAGCUGCGGGCGCAGCCCGGCCCGCGGCACGGCUCCAGCCCCGCUCCCCCGGCCGUCCCCGCCCCGCCGCGCCGCGCCGCAGCCCCUCGGGCGGGCGCGCAGGAAGAUGGCCGGGCGAGGCGGGAGCAGCGCGGCGGCGCGGAGCAGUGGAGGCCGCGGCGUUGUGGUAAAUGCAAAGCGUCGCCCGGCCCGCCCCGGCCGCUCGCCCCCCGCGAUUUCAGACAAUUGGCCCGGAUACAGUCUGGAUUUGUUCACUUAUCCUCAGCACUACUACGGAGAUCUGGAAUAUGUGCUCAUACCUCACGGCAUUAUUGUUGACAGGACAGAACGAUUGGCCAAAGAUAUUAUGCAAGACAUUGGAGACAAUGAUAUUGUGGUUCUCUGUGUCCUCAAAGGUGGCUACAAGUUCUGUGCUGACCUUGUGGAGCACAUCAAAAAUCUCAGCAGAAAUUCAGAAAGGUUCAUCUCCAUGAAAGUCGAUUUUGUUAGACUGAAAAGUUACCACAAUGAUCAGUCUAUGCAAGAUAUGCAGAUAAUGGGAGGAGAUGAUCUUUCAAAGCUGACUGGGAAGAAUGUUCUAAUUGUGGAGGAUAUUGUUGGAACUGGAAGGACUAUGAAGGUUCUGCUUAAUAAUAUAGAAAAAUACAAGCCAAAAAUGAUUAAAGUGGCAAGUUUGUUGGUGAAAAGAACAUCUCGGCCUGAUGGGUACAGACCAGAUUAUUACGGAUUUGAAAUUCCAGAUUUAUUUGUGGUAGGUUAUGCCUUAGACUACAACGAGCACUUCAGAGAUCUAAACCACAUAUGUGUUAUCAAUGAUCAUGGCAAAGCAAAAUACAGAGUCUGAAGCGGUAACAUCCUCACCUGAAGAUUUGCAAGCUCAGUGAAGCAGAAAUUUGACUACACUCCCUCAAGCAUCUCCCAGAAGAGCGGUUCAACUGACUUGUGUUUCUUUCAGCUCAGUACAAUAAGGGGUUUGCUCUAGAGAUACUGAUUAAUAUUUACAGAAGUGAGAGCUCUUAUCUAAAAUGUGAAGUAGAGGGCUUUUAAAGUUAUUACCUUUUUUAAGUAUUAAAAUUAUACCGCAUAAGAUGCCUUUUGACUAAUAAUUUGUCUGCCUCAAUUCUCAUUGUGAAUGCAUCUUUUCUUUGCUCAGUCCAUCAUUCUACCCACUGCAAUUCAUGUACUUCACUGUGUUUCAUUAGAUCAUUCAAAAGUGCCAUUCUGUGCAUGAAGAUUAUUUUACAGAAUUUUAUUGACUUCAGCAUCCCUUUAGUCUUGGUCAGAUAUGCUGCUGCCAAACUAAAGCAUUAUUUUGAUUUAAUUCCACAAUUCAAAAGUUUCAGCUGAAGCUGUGUGUUGUAUGUACGUUUCUAGCAGUUCAUUACUGCCUCUUCGGAACAGAAGUUUUAACACUCAGAAUGCACUGAACUAGAGUGCUGAUACAAAAUGAACUUUUGCAAGACACUGGUGAUCUGAAAUUGGAAGAUGUCAUGGGUUUGGUAUGUCAUGUAGCCAUAGAUCCAACCUGUUUAAUGUGCUGAAUUUUAAUCAAGAGAAAAGAAUGCCAGGCAGGUUUCAAUUUCUGCAUGGUAUCCUUUUACUUCUAUAGGACACAAACAAGUAAAAAAACUAACAUAAUGUUCUCCUGUGCAUAUAUUCUUAAUCAACCUCAUUAAGAACAAAAGUUUAAUGCUAGUCAGACAAUUAUUCAGUUACGAUUUGAUUUUUGUGGCAUGUCUAAGUUGAGACUUUUUGUGACCAUUUGUCAUCUUUAAGAAUACAGAUCUGACAAUGUUGGAGAAGACUUGUAUAAAAAAAGAAAAAAAAUGUAUAGGAAAACAUAGAAAACAAGUUAACCCAUGAAUACUGUAGACUCUAGAGAUUCCUUCCUUCCUUUAUACACUGUGUUUGAAGAAGUUUGUUAACUUACAUGCUGUGUUAAGUGUGAAAAAUUUAAUUCUGUGCUGUACAUAACUUCCCGAGAGAAGCCAAUGCAAAGUAAGUAGCUGUGUAUCAAUAGCUUUGCUCUGAACUGUAAGAGGCAGAUUGUUAUUAGCUCCAGGCUCCUUUAAACUAAUAAAGAAACAGUAAGAAUA